GAUCGUUAAGUAUAAAUUAUGGGCCAUUUCGCCAGGGGGGUGGCUAGUUAGCCUGGGGGGAGGCCAGGGUGGCCAAGUAGACCCCUACCUGGGCUGCGGGGUACAGGGUUUUUUGUUUUUUUACAGGGUCGAAUUCUCCUUUUAAGGGCCCGUGUAUACCCAAAUUUGAUCUGGCAUUGUCCGGUUUGGCCAAUUUCAAUCUGACAUCCUGACUAUGCAUAUACUGUAUGCCCAUCAUGGCGCACGCCAUUCACUGAAGUUAGUGUAUGUAUGUAUGUGAAUACAUGAACCUUGGGUUUGACUUUAGAAAGGUCAUUUGAACUUAUGCAAGGACAGUUCUCUAGAGUGUUGGAACAGAAGCUACACUGCAGACUGUCAAGCUGCCAAUGUCCAUGUGAUAACACAUCUAAUUUUAUAACUCAGCACCUAGUUGCUCAGAUAUAAGUAAGUGUCAGGCAAGUUUGUCUUUAUUAUAGGAAUGUUUCUUUUUAGAAACUGUAUUUGAACUAUUGUAAAGGGACAAUAAAACAUAGAGAACUGAUCGUGAAGAAAUACUUAUAUUAGAAAGCGAAUUAGAGGUGUAAUGACUGAAUUGUGUCAAACUAUAUCUUUUUACCUCAAGAGGUCUCCAGUAAAGGAAUUUCCACGACAGAGAAUCACGAUACAUGAUAUGGAGAAGAGAGAGCCUGGGAAAUUAGUUCUAAGCGACAUGACAAAAACUAGCCCUGUGGAGCUACUCUGGAUUGCUUCUAGAUUGUUCUAUGGAUGCUGUUGAGAUCCACAAACAAGGAGUCAAUUGGGCCAUCCAUAUCUUGGAAUGGGAAACGAAAGCAAUAAUUCCUCCUGCUUUAUUGAUGACUCCUUUAAAUAUAAUCUCUAUGGGGCAGUUUACAGCGUCGUGUUCAUCUUUGGGCUCAUUACAAACUGUGCCUCCCUCUUCGUCUUCUGCUUCAAAAUGAAGAUGCAAAAUGAAACUGCAAUUUUCAUGACUAACCUGGCAGUGUCUGAUUUGCUCUUUGUAUUUACACUGCCUUUUAAAAUAUUUUAUAAUUUUAACCGGCACUGGCCCUUUGGAGACAGCUUGUGUAAGUUUUCUGGGACAGCGUUCCUAACCAACAUCUAUGGAAGUAUGCUUUUCCUCACAUGCAUCAGCGUUGACCGAUUCCUGGCCAUUGUUUACCCAUUUCGCUCCCGCACAGUUCGGACCAGAAGAAAUUCUGCUAUAGUUUGUGCAUGUGUUUGGAUCAUUGUGCUUAGUGGAGGUAUUUCAGCGUCCCUCUUUUCCACCACCAAUGUUUCCAACACAAGUACCACAUGCUUCGAAGGUUUUUCCAAAAGCAUCUGGAAAACAUAUUUGUCAAAAAUCACCAUGUUCAUUGAAGUGGUUGGAUUUAUCAUCCCCUUGCUGUUAAACCUCACGUGCUCUUCGUUGGUCUUGAGGACUUUGAGAAAACCAGCUACCUUGUGCCAGAUUGGAACCAACAAAGAAAAAGUUUUGAAAAUGAUUGUCGUUCACGUGGCCAUUUUUGUUGUGUGUUUUGUACCAUUUAAUUCAAUCCUCUUCUUGUAUGCUUUGGUCCGCUCCCAAACCAUUUCCAAUUGUGCCGUGGAGAGAUUUGCAAGGACAAUGUAUCCAAUCACACUGUGCAUUGCAACGAUGAACUGUUGCUUUGACCCCUUUGUUUACUACUUCACUUCCAAAUCCUUUCAGAAGUCAUUUAAUAUUAACCCUAUCAUUAAAAUGGACAACUUAUUUAAGGUUGAUUCUGCAACGAAAAUAGCCUUGCCAGUAACACAUGAGGCGCUGACGGAACAGAUGAACAUUAAUAAUGGAGGGGAAUUAAUGUCUGAGGCUAAUUACAAGGACUAAGGUUUCUGGAUACUUGGCUACAGCUAUUGUUAAGAGUUGUUGUUUUCAGCCCUAAAUGGUAACGAGAGAAUAUUUUCGGUAUUCAGCCUGGUCAGUAUUAUAGUUGGGUGUGUGUGAAACGCAAACUUUAAUUUAAGUAUAACUAUAUUGUUGCUAGUUGUGUAAAAAUAUCCAUCAUGUAUUUUCUUGGCAGUGUGCUUUGUGCAUUUGUGUACAUAUUAAUUGUAAAAUAUUAUAAAUGUGUUUGUCUCUUACUUAGCAUUCACACAUUCUAGAUCUGUGUAACUAUCAGAAGACUUGAGUGUAUAUAUAUAUAUAUAUAUAUAUAUAUGUAUAUAUGUAUGUUCCUUUCUUGCACUUUUAAUUUGUGGUUGCAGGAGCAAUGCCCAAUACAAAAAGAAUAAACCUGCAAAAAAAAGUUUAUGUGGUUACUUGCUAGAGCAGCACAGUAGGCACCUGAUGUGUUAAACCACAGAAUGGAAAGCAGUCGCGAAAAAGUAUAAAUAGAUCUUGCAUAUGUUUGUUUUAUAAGUUGAUCUGAGGAACAAGAUUAAUGGGACAAUUAACACAAUCACAUUCUGGCUAAAUUGUGUACAGUACACCUACGAUAGCAUAGUAAUAAUAUGGCAUCUCUCUUCACAGAACUUGAGGGGGUUCCAUCUGUUCCUGUAUCAUUCCAUUGCAGUCCCUUCUGGUCUGGCCCCACCAUUCAUCUUGCCAGACCAUGCUGUAUGCUAGACUUUUCUAAAGGAAAAUUGUUAGAGGGAGGGCCUCAAUGGCCUAUUAAAUAGAUAUCUGACCGAAAAUUGGCCAGCUAUCUAUUGGUCAGGUUUAAAAAUCACAUGAGCCAGGAUUCAACGUGACCUGGGGGGCCAAAUGAUCAGAUCAGCCAAGUAUGGCUAAGAAUUUAGAUGGCAAAAUUUGGCAAACAACUCUGCUGAUGUUCGUGUGCCACAAGUCCUAAUGAAGUGUACUCCUUCUACAUUUGAAGAUCGAUUUAUACCUCUUAUAAGGUGCAGUGAUAAGCUGUUUAUAUGUUACUAGUUCUUUUUUUAAAAGGAUUUCUCAAUUUUUAUGUUGCUCUGAACGACCCAGAUUGUCUUAUCACCUCUGGUAACAUUUGGUGGCAUAGGAAUAAAGGUUAUCCAUCUUGCUCUGGAACUCAAAUGUUUUGAGGGGUUGUAUUUUGUGCUAGUAUCAUGGUUAAAACCAUGUCAAACUCUUUUGUCAACUUAGAUAUAUGGAAUUUGUGAUUCAAUUAGGAAGGGCAGAUACAAUAUAGGGCUUUGAUACAAAGAUCUGCCAUUUGCUUAUACAGUAGAACCCCUAUUUUACAUCCACUGAUUUCCCCUCUUUACAUUGUUGUUUUGUGGUCCCACCUAUAUAUUAUGCAUAAUACAUUUCCCUGAUUUUUAAAUUUUCCUGGAUUUUACACCAUUUUUUUCUGGUCCACUAAAAAACGUAAAAUGGGGGUUCUACUGUAUACUGUCAUAUGAAAAAUAAGAGUUUUUCUCUGCUGGGAAGGUAAGAAAAAGAACAGACUAAAAUCUUAACCAGACCCAUCUUCCAUAAUUGCAACUUAACUGCAUUCGAAAUUUAUGUAGCUUCUCAAACAUACCAGAAAAUCCAGGCUUUGGAAAGUGAAACUGACCGUUAAGAAGUUUGAAAAGUCCCCAUACGUUUUCGAAAGACCACAUUUUUGGACAGAAUGGGGGUGGGGACUUUUUGCAACUGAAAAGGUUACAUUUUCCUUUUCAGUUGAUAAAUAUUUGUUUUAUCCGGGUACAAAUGAAUUGAAUGAAAUCACUAGGUUUUGAAAGGCAACUCAAAG